AUGCCACACCGGGUAGCCAACUUUUUCCGGUCGUCGACCCAUUCCCUGGAGCACCAAGUUUCGAAUUUCACCAAAAAGUCAUCCUCGGGUUCCCGGAGACGGGCCUCCCCACCCGGCAGCGGAAGAAGUACGGGCUCAGAGCUAGUGGCUUAUACAUCUGAAGAGGAGCUUGACGAUUCCCAUGCUCCGCCCUACGUUCCACGCUUGAAGAUGGGCGACUCCCGGACCAGCAGUUUUACCUCGGAUUCACACAAAGAAAAGGAACAUGGGCACCACCACCGGCUCUCGUUCCCCGGCAUGCAUUUUGGGCGGUCCAACAAGGAGAGCCAUGUACACACCCCCGCCUCGCUGGACUGGAAGCUCGAGUCUCCGCCCAUCGUCAUGUACGGGAAUGCCGAGAACAGCACCGGCGCUCUGCUAUCCGGGCAGCUCUUUCUCCACAUCAAGGAUGAGGCCCUGGAGAUCGAAUCGUUUACAGCGACGCUCACUAUCCGGGUAUCGCAAAAGAAGCCUUUUGCCAACCACUGUGCCGAGUGCACCAGUCAGUGUACCGAGAUCAAAAAGUGGUCUAUGCUCGAGCACCCCUUGGUGAUGAUGAGAGGCCAACAUUCGUUCCCAUUCUCUGUGCUCAUGGAGGGCCAUUUACCUGCCAGCAUGGAAACUCCUCUCGUCUCGAUCUCAUACGAGUUCAAAGCCGAAGCCAUUCCCAGGAGCAACGGUAUCACCCCGGUACCGCCCAUCAGGCUCGAAAAGGUGCUCGAUGUCAAACGCAGUCUCCCAGCAUCCGAGAUACCACAUCACUCCGUCCGAGUGUUCCCCCCCACCAACAUCAAGGCCAGUGCGCACUACCCUCACGUCAUACACCCGAUUGGAAGCUACACUCUGGCACUUCGACUGGAUGGAAUCUCUAAGCUCAAUCCAAGGGUGAACACGAUAGAGUACUGGAAACUCAAGAAGCUCACGUGGCGACUGGAGGAAACGAUCAAGACGGUAGCACCGGCAUGCGGUCGGCACAGUCCCAGAUUGGGAGAUAGUGAGGAGGGUGCGCAGCCCAAGAAAGGCAUCGUUCGUAGCGACACGCGGAUCAUUGGUGAAAAGACGCUGUUCUCGGGCUGGAAAAGUGACUAUACCAGCGCCAAUGACGCCAAGGUGGAGCUCGAGCUGGAGUACAGCCUAGGGAAGCACGCCAGGUCUGCCUGUGAUACCAAGAGCCAGGAUGGGACCGAGGUGAGUCACCAGCUGAUGGUGGAGAUGGUGGUCUCUCAGGAAUGGGCGCCAGUGAACAAGCCCUCUCUGGUCACUCACACCGGGGUUGGACGCAUCCUGCGCAUGCAUUUCGGCACCAUUUUGACGGAGCGCGGGGGCAUUGGGAUCAGCUGGGAUAACGAAGCCCCGCCUAUUUAUCAAGAUGUGCCCCCCAGCCCGCCCGCCUAUUCUCAAGAAACCAAUCUGCACAGCGACGCGUCAAUUGCCGAGAUGAUUGAGCCACUGGAUGGCGCUCUGACAGCGGGCCCGGUGCACAGGUUGGUGGUGGAAGAGGAAGGAGGAAGCUCUCGCGGUCAUCGGAGGGCAAGUUCUGAAGGGAGGUGA